CUUUUUCCCAUUUCAGGUGGGUGGAGAGGCGGCCGAGCGACACCGCGACACCCCCAGACGGGCCGAGCGACUUCAGGCCCUUUCUCACUUGAUGGGUUUGGCGGCUCGGAAGUCGCUAAAGGCGCGUGCCACCGUCCACAAGACGCCCGAAGCGACAGCAGAGGCCUUCAAGUGGGACAGGGUGGCAGAGACGGCACGAGUUGCAAGGCUGCGGUAUGGCGGCGCCCGGAGCACCGCCUGUGAGGAGUACAUCGCGCAACUGACGGGCCAACAGAUCGGGUGGGUGAGCUGACUCAUCAACACGACCUGUUUGUGUGGGUGCGUGUGUGUCAGACCUGACGUGUCGUUGGAUGUGCAGAGUGACGUGUGCGUGUGUGGUAUGGUGAAUCGACCAGAGCACAACAAGAGCGACGUCACGCGAUCUGAAGGGGGAUGCUUGGCCGCGGAUGAGGGGGGAAAUGAGACUCUGCGGCAGUCGAGACGAUCGGAUUCGGCAUGAACGGAUGUGUGUGUGACCUUAUGUGAG